CUGCCUGCUUGGGUACGGAAGCCCUGUUGGUCCAAAGUGUUAAUAGCGAUUCAUUGACAGCACUCGGACGUAAGGACACCUUGUUACCUGCAGCCAGGCUCAGCAGUUGGACUCAGUAUCCACGGUGAAAUCGACAUGAGAGUUUUAAUAGGAGGGGGGUCUGGCUUUGUGGGUCGUGAACUAACUCGCCUUCUCAAAGCAAAAGGCCAUGAGGUCACCAUUAUAUCCCGCCAGCCUGGUCCAGGGAAAAUAACAUGGGGUGAGUUGGAGUCGAGCGGCCUCCCACCAUGUGAGGGUGCAGUCAACUUGGCAGGAGAGAAUCUGAUGAAUCCUCUACGCUGGUGGAAUGAAAGCUAUAAAAAGGAUCUGUUCUCCAGUCGGAUCGACACUACUAAAACUCUGGCUCAAGCCAUUGCAGCUUCAUCCAGUCCGCCUCACUCCUGGGUCUUGGUAUCAGGAGUAGCUUGUUACAAGCCCAGUUUGACAGCAGAGUACACCGAGGACAGUGAAUGGACACCGUUUGACCUCCUCUCCAGACUUGUGAAAGAGUGGGAGGCUGCUGCACUUCUUCCUGAGACUGUGGCUAAAACCACUAAACAAGUGGUCAUCAGACCUGGGGCAGUAUUGGGCCGUGAUGGCGGUGCCAUGAAGCAGAUGCUGCUGCCCUUCUGGCUCGGUCUCGGGGGGACUCUGGGGUCGGGUGGACAGCCGUUUCCCUGGAUCCACGUCUCUGACCUGGCUGGAAUCAUCGCCCACAGCCUGGAGCCCCCUGCUGACACCCCGACCCCUUCCCAACAAGUGUUCAACGGGGUCGCACCUGCACUGAACACCAACUAUGAGUUCACUAAAGAGCUGGGCCGCCUCAUGAGGAGGCCCACUAUUUUCCCUGUGCCCGGCUUUGUUAUGAACACCUUCAUGGGCUCUGAGCGGGCUGUGGUCCUCACGCAGGGCCAGAGAGUCGUACCAAAGAGGACUCAGGAGGAUGGAUUUCAGUACGAGUACCCGGACCUGACCUCAGCACUGAAAGAGAUUGUUGGGAGUUAACAGAUAUUGAAGGAAAAGUGUGCUUUACUUGUGACUUUACCUUUUUGAAUAUCUACUUAAGAGCAAAAAUAUUCGCAAAAAUAACAGCUGGAAUCAGUUUUUGUAAAAGAAUGUGUCUGAUGUUUGCUCGAGUCAUAUGAAACCAGUCUUUGGAUCCGGUUGCAAAAACUGUUAUUCUCUGCAGAGGGUCUGUUCAGCCUGUGCAUUAAAACAGAUCAGCAAAAACUCAGACUCAAUGGACUAUUUAAGGGUUAACUCUGGGACAGUUUUCAAGAUGACUUUUGUAGUGUUCAGAGUUAUUCAAAGGCGACAAUGAGGGACAGAAAAAUUGCUUGUGCCUAAUAAAUGGACUCAACUGUAGACGUCCUGAUCACAGCAAUUCAGUGGAUUGGACAACAAGUGAGGGAAUCUGGAACCUGGUGUGACUCAGAAUAUGAUAUGUAAAAAAACACAAGAUUAUAAAAUGAGAUAAAAUAAUCAUCAACUUUCAUUUCUGUGUUUCUGCCUGAAAAGUUUUGUUCAUGGUUAAAAAAAUACCAAAAUAGUUCCCAGUGAAAUCCAAUGCUCCUCUGAGCACAGCAUUAAAACUGAACAUGGCAUCGAGUAACCUCAAAAGGACAUAGGUAAAUCUCUUUAACAGAGAACAUUUUAACCCUGUUCUCCUUUACAAAAUGCAACAUAUGAUUAAUUAACUUUCCACAGAGAAACAUUAUUUCACAAUCAUGUCAUUAAUGUUUCAGCAACAGAAAGUUACCACAAAGAUCAGCUGUUCUUUAAGAAAUGGGGAUCUUUCAGUAAAGAGAUAUUGUCUCUUUGUAUCAUCUGAGUUUAGACGACGCGCUGAAUCAUGAAGAAUGUGACUUUCUAUCGCAGCAGGCUGUGUAUUUAAAAUAUGUAUAAAAAUGGACUUUGAUUUAUUACAGGUUGUGCACAAUAAAGUUUGGUGAGUGAA